AUGUGUCGGUUUCAGGCAACCUGUCUUACAUCUCGUUUGCUUCGGCAACAAUUAGCCAAGUCGGUUGCGGCCGCGCAAUUUACACAGCCGGGCCAGACGAGUCGACUCGUCGAGGAGGGUCCGCGAUGGCCUUGCAUACAAUACCCGUCGGAAUCGGGGAUCGAGUGGAGACCCUUGUGUGCAAUUACGGGCCUCUCGAUCGGAAGACAUCGGGGGAACUCUACGAAGACGGUGUGCCGGCUCUUUGUCCACCGGGAACGGUUCGCAGUUCGCGAUACAGAGCCCUCUGUCGUGCUCUGUCUAAAGACGAGCGCCGCGUACGAGAGGAACUUUCUGGCGCUGCGCACGGAAACAGAAAAGAAAUUUCCGCGGAAGAAAAGCUUGACGGACAUCAGGCCGGCGUACAACUGCCUCCGCAAGCACUUGCAGCAGACCGAUGUGUUCCACGAGAAGACGAAGAAAAUGCUGCGCAAGGAGCUUCUGGAGCUCGAGAUCUUGAACAGUAGAAUCAAGUGCAUCGACAAGCUGGUGCAGUCGGAGUUGCAGAAGCUCGAGUAAUUUUUCAAUAAUGUUAGGUGUCGCUCUUGGCGAUCCGAGGGUGCUGUUAUAGUCGACGUUUGAUCGCAAUAAAUAUUGGUGCAAAAACUUUCUCACGCGUUUCCGUGCGAUUACGCACUCGUUUGAAAUUGAGGUCGAUCUUCGCAUCGAUAGAUAAAAGGAUCAAUGCUACGAAAUUAAUUAAUUGCUACGAAAUCGCGAACAUCGUAUUUUUAGCAAUCGUUCGAACGCAGCUCGAACGUUUCAUUGUUCAAAUUUCUCCGCAAUAUUAAGCAAUUCGGUAAUAAACCCGCCUGUGUUUAAUUAGUACAGGUUAUUGCUCGUAAAUUGUAUCAAUGUUCAUCUCAAGGGAUUUAUCGUUAUCUCUCGUUUAGUAUUUAUAGAGAAUCUAGGACACAGGUUUAUAAAGCCGAAUUUUAACGAAUUCUAAUUAGAUCGAACAACCGAACGUCGGUCAUAUUAUGAGCACCGAUCGCGCGCGAAUGUAUUCGGCCUUAUUCAAUUUGUCAUAAUGGCAUCGAUAACGUGUAUUCUGAUUCGCUGGCUCCGCGGUUAUUACAGGUGUAAGAAAGAUGCGCGUUCGCUGCACAUUUACGGAAUGCCGAAUCGUAAAACAAUUUACUGGUCGUAACGGUCAAUUCGGCCGCUCGAUAUGCAAUUUAUAAUGUAAUUGCACGCAUUGCGCGGCUAAUGAUGAAUGCAUCGAUCACGUCUAACAAUUAAAUUCUCCCCAAUCGC